GGGCGGCGGGGGUCGCGGGCGCCGUGGGCGGCGGGGCGGCGGGGGCGGCAUGGCCCUGCUGCUGUGCCUGGGCCUGACGGCGGCGCUGGCCCGCGGCUGCCUGCAUUGCCACAGCAACUUCUCGGAGAAGUUCUCUUUCUACCGCGACCACGUGAACCUCAAGUCAUGGUGGGUGGGCGACAUCCCCGUGUCGGGCUCGCUGCUCGCAGACUGGAGCCAGGACACGAUGAAGGAGCUGCACCUGGCCAUCCCCGCGGAGAUCACCCGGGACAAGCUGGACCAGGUGGCGAACGCCGUGUACCGGAAGAUGGAUCUGCUGUACCAGGGGAAGAUGUAUUUCCCGGGGUAUUUCCCCAACGAGCUGCGAGCCAUCUUCCGAGAGCAGGUGCACCUUAUCCAGAACGCCAUCAUCGAAAGCCGCAUCGAUUGUCAGCGUCACUGUGGUGAGCGAGCCUCUAUCCAGGCCGUAGGGCGCGGUGGCGGUGGCGGUGUGGGGCCCGGAGGCCGAGGGGAGCCCGCAGCGGCCUCUGCUGUGUUGCAGGCAUCUCCCAGUACGAGACCAUUUCCUGCCUCAACUGCAAGGACUCGCAUGUCGUCUGCUUCGGUUACAACUGCGAGUAGGGCUCCAGGCGGGCGGCUGAGGGCCCCGCUGUCUGUGCGGUCCGAGGCUCUCCCCCGAGGGGCCCCUUCUCGGCCUCCCCCCAGCCUUCCAUCACCUGGGAAGGGUGGGGUGGAAACCCUCCCAGCUGGCCCCCUGAAUUGGGGGCCACGCCACCUCCACGCCCCGUGUCCCCGCAGGUCGUCGGCGCAGUGGGAGAGGGCUGUGCAGGGUCUUCUCCAUUACAUGUGAGUCGGGCAGCUGGGC